CCGUCGGGGGCGCGGGGUCCCCCCAGCGCUGCGGAGCCGCAUGAACAAUAGGCGGCGGCGGCUCCUGCGGGCGGCGGCCGCCCUGCACCCUAUGGAUCGGCCGCUCCAUGGAGCCCUCCAGAGCGCUUCUCGGCUGCCUGGCGAGCGCCGCCGCCGCUGCCGCCCCGCCGGGGGAGGAUGGAGCGGGGACCGCGGCCGACGAGGAAGAGGAGGAGGAGGAGGAGGCGGCGGCGGCGGCCUCGGCCGAGCUGGGCUCCGACGCCCCGCUGCCCUACUGGACAGCCGUGUUCGAGUACGAGGCGGCGGGCGAGGACGAGCUGACCCUGAGGCUGGGCGACGUGGUGGAGGUGCUGUCCAAGGACUCGCAGGUGUCCGGCGACGAGGGCUGGUGGACCGGGCAGCUCAACCAGCGGGUGGGCAUCUUCCCCAGCAACUACGUGACCCCGCGCAGCGCCUUCUCCAGCCGUUGCCAGCCGGGCGCGGAGGACCCCAGCUGCUACCCGCCCAUUCAGUUAUUAGAGAUUGAUUUUGCGGAGCUAACCUUGGAAGAGAUCAUCGGCAUUGGGGGCUUCGGGAAGGUUUAUCGUGCUUUCUGGAUAGGCGAUGAGGUGGCCGUGAAAGCAGCUCGGCAUGACCCCGAUGAGGACAUCAGCCAGACCAUAGAGAAUGUUCGCCAAGAGGCCAAGCUCUUCGCCAUGCUGAAGCACCCAAACAUCAUUGCCCUCAGAGGCGUGUGCCUGAAGGAACCCAACCUCUGCUUGGUCAUGGAGUUUGCUCGGGGAGGGCCUUUGAAUCGAGUAUUGUCUGGGAAGAGGAUCCCCCCAGACAUCCUGGUGAACUGGGCUGUGCAGAUCGCCAGAGGGAUGAACUACCUACAUGAUGAGGCAAUUGUCCCCAUCAUCCACCGAGACCUUAAGUCCAGCAACAUAUUGAUCCUGCAGAAGGUGGAGAAUGGAGACCUGAGUAACAAGAUUCUGAAGAUCACUGACUUUGGCCUGGCUCGGGAAUGGCACCGGACGACCAAGAUGAGCGCCGCAGGGACCUAUGCUUGGAUGGCUCCCGAAGUCAUUCGCGCGUCCAUGUUUUCCAAAGGCAGCGACGUGUGGAGCUAUGGGGUGCUACUUUGGGAGCUGCUGACUGGUGAGGUACCUUUCCGAGGCAUCGAUGGCUUAGCAGUGGCUUAUGGAGUGGCCAUGAACAAACUGGCCCUCCCUAUUCCUUCUACAUGCCCAGAACCUUUUGCCAAACUCAUGGAAGACUGCUGGAAUCCUGACCCCCACUCACGACCAUCUUUCACAAGUAUCCUGGACCAGCUAACGACCAUAGAGGAGUCUGGUUUCUUUGAGAUGCCCAAGGACUCCUUCCACUGCCUGCAGGACGACUGGAAGCAUGAGAUUCAGGAGAUGUUUGACCAACUCAGGGCCAAAGAGAAGGAGCUCCGCACCUGGGAGGAGGAGCUGACACGGGCUGCACUCCAGCAGAAGAACCAGGAGGAGCUGCUGCGGCGGAGGGAGCAGGAGCUGGCUGAGCGGGAGAUCGACAUCCUGGAACGGGAGCUCAACAUCAUCAUCCACCAGCUGUGCCAGGAAAAGCCCAGGGUGAAGAAACGCAAGGGCAAGUUCAGGAAGAGCCGGCUGAAGCUUAAGGAUGGCAACCGCAUCAGCCUCCCUUCUGAUUUCCAGCACAAGUUCACAGUGCAGGCUUCCCCAACCGUGGAUAAAAGGAAGAGUCUUAUCAGCAACCGCUCAAGCCCUCCUGCAAGCCCCACCAUCAUCCCUCGCCUUCGAGCCAUCCAGUUGACACCAGGUGAAAGCAGUAAAACCUGGGGCCGGAGCUCUGUUGUCCCAAAAGAGGAAGGGGAAGAAGAGGAGAAGAGGGCCCCAAAGAAGAAGGGGCGGACGUGGGGACCAGGAACACUUGGGCAGAAAGAGCUCAACUCAGGAGAUGAAGGAUCCCCUCAGAGACGGGAAAAAACUAAUGGCUUAAGUACCCCAUCAGAAUCUCCACAUUUCCACUUGGGCCUCAAGUCCCUGGUAGAUGGAUACAAACAGUGGUCAUCUAGUGCUCCCAACCUGGGGAAGGGCCCGAGGAGUAAUCCUGCCCUGCCUGGGUUCACCAGCCUUAUGGAGAUGGAGGAUGAGGACAGUGAAGGUCCAAGGAGUGGAGAGAGUCAUCUACAGCAUUCGCCCAACCAGUCCUACCUCUGUAUCCCAUUUCCUCGUGGAGAGGAUGGGGAUGGCCCCUCCAGUGAUGGAGUUCAUGAGGAGCCCACCCCAGUCAACUCAGCCACCAGUACCCCUCAGCUGACGCCAACCAACAGCCUCAAGCGUGGCGGUACCCACCACCGGCGCUACGAGGUGGCUCUGCUUGGCUGUGGAGCUGUUCUGGCAGCCACAGGCCUAGGGUUUGACUUACUAGAAGCUGGCAAGUGCCAACUGCUUCCCCCAGAGGAGCCUGAGCCACCAACCCGGGAGGAGAAGAAGAGGCGUGAGGGUCUUUUCCAAAGGGCCAGCCGUCCUCGUCGGAGUACCAGUCCCCCCUCCCGAAAGCUCUUCAAGAAGGAAGAACCCGUGAUGUUGCUAGGAGACCCCUCUGCCUCCUUGACACUGCUUUCUCUCUCCUCCAUCUCUGAGUGCAACUCCACCCGCUCUCUGCUUCGCUCUGACAGUGAUGAGAUUGUGGUAUAUGAAAUGCCAGUCAGCCCAGUCGAAGCUCCACCCCUAACCCCAUGCACCCACAACCCCCUGGUUAAUGUCCGUGUGGAACGCUUCAAACGAGACCCCAACCAGUCCCUGACUCCCACCCACGUCACCCUCACGGCCCCCACACAGCCGAGUGGUCACAGGCGGACUCCUUCUGAUGGGGCACUUAAGCCAACAGCUCUGGUAGCCAGCAGGAGCCCCUCCAGCAAUGGGUUGAGUCCCAGUCCUGGAGCAGGAAUGUUGAAAACCCCCAGUCCCAGCCGAGACCCAAGUGAAUUCCCCCGUCUCCCUGACCCCAAUGUGGUCUUUCCCCCAACCCCAAGGCGCUGGAACACGCAACGGGACUCUACUUUAGAGAGACCUAAGACCCUUGAGUUUCUGCCUCGACCACGUCCUUCUGCCAACCGGCAACGGCUGGACCCUUGGUGGUUUGUGUCCCCGAGCCAUGCCCGCAGCGCCUCCCCAGCCAACAGCUCCAGCACAGAAACACCAAGCAACCUGGACUCCUGCUUUACCAGCAGCAGCAGCACUGUGGAGGAGAGGCCUGGGCUUCCAGCCCUGCUCCCUUUACAGGCAGGGCCACUGCCCACUGUGGAACGGACGCUUCUGGACCUGGACGCAGAGGGGCAGAGUCAGGACAGCACCGUGCCACUAUGCAGAGCUGAACUGAACACACACAGGCCUACCCCUUAUGAGAUCCAGCAGGAGUUCUGGUCUUAGUGUAAAAGGGGGCAGGGCAGGCAAGGGGGGAAGCCGGAGGAGAUGAAGGGAGCUGGCUGGCACAGUCCUGUCUCAGAGUGGGCCCCCUGGGAUCCAGACCUACUUCUUGCACUGAUAAUGCACUUUGAAGAUGGAAGGGAUGGAAACAGGGCUACUUCAGAGGGUCUCCUGCCCUGCAGUACCUUUUCCCCCAUGUCUACUGGAGGGACUUUGGCUACCAGCCCUGGCUAUGUAGAAGAGGGAGGGCUGUGUGCAUGUCCCCCACCCUCCAGUAUCCCUCGCCUUUAGGGUGACACUGCAGAGUCACUUAGCCAAAUCUGUCUACUGCUCCUUCUCCUCAGCCAGAGCUGUCCUGGGGUCCCUUUGUCAACCCUGAGUUCCGCCUUUCUACACACCAGUAUUGGAUGUUCUGUGAUUGAUUUGCUUAUCUUCCACUCUCCCCAUGACUCAGUGUCUUGUUUGGUAUGAAAUAUGAGUGUCCUGUGUCCUAAGCCCUUUUGUGCUAGCCAAAAGAUAAAGGACAAGUUGGCCCCUGAGGGGCAGAGGGCUUGGCAGACCUGGUACUACCUACCUGCACUUCCACCCAUCUGUUUCAGCCCACAGGCGACAAAGGUAACUGGUGUGGUGAGAAUUGGGGACAGGGAGUGGAGGAGAGGAGAGAGGAAGCAAUUAGGGAAAAUACAAUCUGGUUGUAGUGAGGAAGAAACUAGGGUCUGUCCUUGGUUCAUUUUUUUUAACACUCAAUGAAAGGUAGAAAUCAACGCCUGUUGAAUGGCCCCAUCUACCCACUUGGGGUCAGGUAUGGUUACACCAGGUUUGAAUACAAAUCUCUUUAUCUCAGGAAUAGCUUUUUGGGAGACUCACUGAUAGCAGUUCUGAAAUCAAACACAGUCCCCACAUUUGUCUCGUUGAGCCUUAGUGUUCUUCCCUGCAGUUCCUGGACUCCGUGGGCUCUAGGUCAUGUGUGGUUAGCAGAUAUCCUUGAAAUGUGCCAGAGCACAUGUGGAGGUGUGUCCUAGACCUUGGGGUUUGGAACUAUGGAGAAUCCUUCACUGGACUGUUUGUUUUGUGAUGGCCUUAUAGUAAAUGGAGCCCUUAGUAGGACCUUCCGUGAAUGGACGUGGUAGUGUGACAUAGUUCUUAAGGUGUUGAGUAAGCAAGCCGCUGAUGUACAACAGCCUUGAGGUCCCCCUGGACACUGGCCAAGGCCACCCCUGUCUGGAUAAGAAGGACAACAGAGGCCAGUGCUGACUUGUCUGACAUUUGUUUCUUGACCUUGAAUGUUGAGCUUCGUCUGAAGUUUUCUCACACAUUGCUUCACUGUCUACUUCCUCUUGUGUUAUGUGUGCGCCAUGGUCCUUAUGUGAAAACAGCAGCUUGCUUCAGGCUAAAGUCCCCCAGUCCUGUUCUCUUCCCUCGGGAUUAUGCCACCUUGCUGCCUUUUGUCAUGGAAUAAUCUCUGGUGACGCUGGAGGUUAGUCUGCAGGUUCUUUGUGUUUGCUGCCUAGGUGCCCAGAUGGAGUAGAGUGGUGCAGCUGGUACAGGUGACCGGUUUUGUCACUGCUCUUUCUCUGUAACUGAUGGAAGUCCUGCCCUGGGGAGCAUUUCAGGGGGACUUGAUUUUCACACUGUUCCUUUAUGAGCCCACUUGCCUUUGACUCAAGGCCCCCUGCCCAGCCCCCCCCUCCAAAAAAAAAUCUUAUGUGACCCAGGAUUUUGGUGUCACAUCUUAUCGCUCCUCUUGGUUGAGGGUUCCCUUCUCUGGGUCCUCCAAAACCCCUAUUCCUAAGCCGCAAACAUAUCUGUAUACCCUUGACUGCACUACUGGCCCUUAGGUAGGCUGCAGCUGGCUCCAGACCAUGUUCCUACACAAGGCAAGGGUUUUUCCUUUCCGUCUUUGUGCUUUCUGCCAUUUUGUUAGAUUGUAGCCAUCUUUCUUGAAAAGACAUAAUGUUACAUAUACAGUGUAAGUUGUGAUAACUACCUGCCACCGAGUGAGAGAUUGAAUGUAGUCUUUACUCAUCCAUUCUGAGUUCAGACAAAGGAAGGCAGGGGCUUGACUAUAUAAAUAAUCAUACCCAUGAGAGGCAGGGUUCGUAUAACGAUGCUGCACACAGGCAGAUGGGGGUAUUACAGCCUCAGCUUCUCCAAACCUGGGCUCUACUACCUGUCACACUCUGCUGGGCCACUGCCUGUUGCACUCUGGUACAAGUCUGGGUGAGAUAAACAUCAAGAGAGCCACAGUUGGGGUGGCUUUCCCUCCACUCAGGUUCCCUUGCUCUGUGGUCGUGGUCAAGAGCUUUCUUGGAGGCUGUAGCUAAAGCGACUUGAGCAGCCAGCAGCCUCCCUCUUUCCUUUGCUUCCCUUCACGCACUCGCACUCGGUCCUCUGCUCUUAGCAGGUGCCUGCUACUUGGAGGAUCACAGGAUCAGGUACUGCUCUCUGCUCCAUCUCCUCACACCCUUUGUUCCUGCUACUGCCAGGAGCUGAAUAGAUGCUCUGUUGUCCUUACAGCUGUUUCUAGGAUGAUUUGGUGGAUGCUCUUAAUCUGGCAUUCUUUGGUACCCAUCCCUAGGGCCUGGUACGCAUCAUAACAAUACCUUACAUUUGGUUUACUCAGAAUAGGCCAGCCCUUCCCCCUGACCUUCAAAAACGAGAUCAUUUUCUUUCACAUUCAAUACAUUUGCUAGAAUAGAAAGAGGAAAAAAUUAAAGAUUAAGGUGCA